GUGCUCGGUUUUAAUAAUUUACUCAUAUAAUAUUCAUGAGCUCGUUUUAAAAAUAAUUCACAAUCUGUAAGCUCUGGCUGGUUAUAAUGUCAAAAAUGACAUAUGUUUAUAAAAAAAAUUAUAUAUUGAUAUUCAACAAAACAAACGUUGACACUGACAAAAUAUUUCAUGAUUCUAGUGUGAAUGAAGCCAUAGCGCAAAUAUAUAUAUAUCGACGUUUUAAACGAGCAAAUACAAAAGCUAUGAACGACCCGGUCCCUAGAAGUGUGAAGUCUGUAAAAAGUAGACUAGACACGAUUAACCAAAGCGAAGAUUUUGGAAAGAGACCCGCUAAUGUGUCGAGGGUUCAAUCUCAUUUCUUGGUCCCGUCCGACAAACUGGACAAAGUUACCAGAAGGGUCAUCGCGCCUUACGCGCAAAUAGAAAGGAAGGGCCUUAAAGAAGAAGAAGUUAAGGAAGGGACUUAUCUAGAUAUAAAUCGGUUUAAUGUCUUUUUGGAAGACACCGUCGACCUUGAGUCUUUGCUAUACGAAACUGCUAAUGUUUUAAAAACAAUCACCAACAGCUCAGGUGUAUUUUUAUACAUCGUCAACAAACUGAAGAAUGAAAUCGUUUUAAUGACUCAAAAUACAAAGAACCCAGAGCGCCACGAAGUUAACAUACCGAUUGAGGAAGGGAAAAUAAUAGCAGCUCAUGUAGCAGCCACCAAAACCUACCUUCACGUAGAGGACGUCCAGCGCGAUCGAAGGUUCUCCGAGGGUCUUAAAUGGAUAGACGCCAAAGUGGCACUCUGCAUGCCCGUCGUCAAACCAGAUGGAGACUGCUACGCUGUUCUCGAACUGUACAGGAACUACCCUGAAGCUUACGAUCAUAACAUAGUUUACACAGUUAUAAGUGUGUCGUGCUGGGCGGGUGCCGCGGUGCAUCAAGCGCAGGAAAGGGUCACCUUGCAACGGACCGCUCAUCUUAAUCAGGAACUACGAGCGUUGCUUCACAACUACUUCUGCGACCUGGCCUCGCUCGACACCAUGCUAACUGACAUGCUGGCAGUUAUAAAAUCUUUCGUGGGAGCAAUGCGCAGCAGUUUCUUUAUAAUAGAUAAAGAAAACGUGAGCGGUAACUUGCUAGCGGAUAUGUGGGAUGACGGCUGGGGAACAGAACGGUCCACGAUUCCCAGGAAAAAGAUGAGAGUUAAUCUCAGUCAAGAGUUGACCCCAGCGGGUCUUGUCGCCAAAACCGGCGAAGCGAUAAACGUUCGUGACGCAUACAAGGACCCACGGUUCUCUAAAGAGAUCGACCCCACCACCGGGACUGUGGUCAGGUCGUGCCUGGUGUCACCCAUUUUGGACAAAAAAGGAGUCAUUGGUGUAGUCCAACUGACAAACAAAACAAACAGCCAACCGUUCUCAGUCGAAGACGAGGUGGUCUUCGAAGUGUUUACGAGCUACUGUUCCCUCAUCGUCCACUUCAACAACAUGCAGCAACAGAAGAUAUAUCACGAAAACCUGAACAAAGUGUACAACGACCUCAUGCAUCUACAUUUGAGUCCGUGUCGCCACGACAUGGACGAAAUAAUGGAGACCAACGGAAUAAUCUUGCCGCCGAGUAAUUUUAAAAGUUACAACUACCACAUCAGCGAGGGUAGCAAGGAGGACAUGCCGGGGCUGGUGUGUCACAUGUUCGUGGAGACCUUCGCCGACAAGAAGUUCGAGCGCGAGAGCCUCGCCGACUUCACGCUCACCAUCCUCAGCUGCUACAGGAACAACCCCUACCAUAACGCCGAGCACGCGUUUUGCUUCACCCACACCAUGUUCCUGAUAUUGACCAACAAUAACGGAUACUUCGACUUCGUCGAGACGGCAGCCCUGAUGCUAUCCGGUCUUUGUCACGAUCUGGACCACCCGGGCUACAACAACAACUUCCUGUCCCUCUGCAAACACCCCCUGGCCCUCAUGUACCGCUCGUCGAUGUUGGAGUAUCAUCAUUACUUCCUCGCCAAAAAAGUCAUUGAAGAUAAGAAAUUACUGAUCAACGUGCCCCUGGCCGACCGGGAGCGCAUCUUAGAAGAAAUGAAGUAUGAUAUCCUGUGCACGGAUCUCGCUAUAUACUUUCAGGUCAGAGCUCAACUCACGCCGCUAGUGGCCGAGUGCUGUUUCGACUGGACGGACAACACUCAUCGCAGCUUACUCAAAGGAAUUUUGAUGACGACGAGCGAUCUCUCCGGCUGCUGUAAACCAUUCGGUGUGUCGAAAGCUAUCGCCGAAUCUGUUUACGAGGAAUUCUACAAGCAGGCACAAACAUUCAAUUUAUAUUUUAAAGCAAAAAUAGUUUUUUUGCUGCUAACUAUUUAUGACUCUAUUACCUAAUGACUCCAAACACGAGCGAAAUGAAACAUGGAAGUCUUUUGCAAAUUGGCGAAGCGGCGUUCGUGUUGCAGAACUGGUGACAAAGAGAGGCGUAUGGGCUACACUCCCCUCAGCAUGAUGGACCGCCGUCGCUCCGUCAAUCAGCCCGCGGAACAGAUACAGUUCCUAUCAGUGGUGGUGCUGCCGUGUCUGUUGCUGCUGCAGAACAUCUUCCCCAACACGGCGCAACUCACGGAGAACUGUCGCAAGACCCAAGAAGCUUGGCACGAAGAGAUCGAGAUACGAGGACAGAAGCUCUGGCGACAGGACGACUCCAUCGGCAGCGCCAGCAGGACGCGGCUCAUGCUUAAAGCCGACAGCGAAAUCAAUUAAACAUGUUGGACUAUGUUACGUCCUAUGAAGAUUGAGCUGUCCAAGGUUUUUGUAUCGUGUAAUAAAGAAAUCUACGCUGUUUAUUUUUACAAUUAUCACUUCGCAUAUUUUAAUUUAAUGGACUUCAAUAGUUACUAAACAAUUAAAGUAGAGAAUAAACAGAUAGUUUUUCAAUUUUCGAUAUAUUGAUUUGACUUUAUAUAUCUUUAUUGACGUUUUGGAAAUGUCGUUUGUCUCAAUUUUAAUCCGCUAACGAUCUGUAUACAACUCAUGUCACCUGACUCAUAACGUUAACAAGUCAAUAACUAGUCGGCAUUUUUAUUAUUGUUAUGCACAAUUCGAGAAUGUGACGUGACGUCUGACGUUUCGUUUGAACUUUGACGUAGGUAAAUAAAGUAACAAGUGUCA